GGCGGGGCGGCCCUCCCCAACGUGGCGGUUUACUGGAGGCGGUUCCCUUAGUAUCCGGAAUAGUUUAAGUCUGUGGCGAGCGCCUCACCAGUACUGGGUCGGUGCUAUCUUAGCAGGAGUGGGACCCCUGAGGCCUCAGAAACAGGCUUUUGUCUGGCCCGGGACUCCUCGGCGUCCAGCGCUUUCCCCCAUAAACGGAUACCGGUCAUUUGGACUCUGCCUCUGGCUCAGGUUCCCACCCCACCCUACCAGGCCCCUUUCCUUCUGGCUGCUGCGGUCGUUCCUCCCUUUCCUCGGGGUGCCACCGGUGGGCACCGUCUUCGUUCUCUCAGUAGAUCCCUUUUUCUCCCCCUCUCAUCCCCAUUCUUUCCAGAAGGCAGUCUUUAUACUCUUCCUUUUUAUUUCUUCCCACUUCUCUCCCCUUCUUUGCUCUUUCCUUCCUUCUCCAGCAUUCUCGUUCUUCGACUGCCUGUCAGGCUACUGCCUCCUGCAAGGCUUCUCUCCCUUUCUGGAGCCUGUGCUCAUGGCUCAGGAGGUUGAGCUUUUAGCGCAGUCGUUUGAAGAUGUUAAGCUUCUCUUUUCUCCUGCCCAGGAGUCACAGAUGCCAGGAAGUAUGGCCCCCCUCAAGAAGCCUCGAAAUACCACAAGGGUGCCUCUGGCUUUAAACCCCCUGAAGAGCAAGGACGUGUUGGCAGUGCUGGCUGAGAGGAACCAGGCUAUAAUGCCAGUUGGGGCAUGGGUGGAACCUGCCUUGCCAGAUAGUUCGGAAGUUCCAGCAUAUACUUCAGCAUAUAUGAUUGAAGAAGAACUAAAGGAACAGCUAAGAAAAAAACAAGAAGCUCUGAAGCAUUUUCAGAGACAAGUCAAACACCGAGUAAAUCAGCAAAUCAGGCUGAGAAAAAAGCAACAGUUUCAGAGAUCUUAUGAAGCAGCAGAAAAAGAAGGCUCUAUAGCCAUGCAAUCUUCAGAUCCAGCACAUUUAACUCCUAAAAGAACAAGUGUUUUUCCAAGCAACUUGAAUGCUGCUAUUGGAAGUGCUAGGUUACCUCCUUCCCAGAUGCUUGGGGAUGGAAUGGAUGACAGAGAGAAUCAGAACGAAUUAUUCCAACAACAAGCCCAGGCUCUUAGUCAAACCAUGAAACAGGCCCGUCACCGGCUGGCAUCCUUUAAGACCGUGAAUAAAAAAAAUGCGUCAGUGUUUCCAGAUGGUAGAAGGAAAACCUUUCCCCCUCAAGAGGUAAAUUUAUUUCUAAUAAAUUGUUUUAAA